AUGACUGAGGAACCACAGCUGGGAUCGAUUCAAGAGCGGAUCGCUGCUCUAAAGCAAUCCCAAGCCGCUCACCCAUCGGGCCCUGAGCCACCGUUAUUCCGGCCGGCUGCCGAGCGUGGCCAACCUGCCAGACCACCACCAUCAUACGACGAAAGCGAGUCCGCCUUUGACGGCGACUCAACCAGAAACAAACCCACUGAUGGUCGGACACAACGACCGGUGGUGCGCCCUCCUCCGACACCAUCUCCACGACCGGAGCUGAAGCCUAAGCCGAAAGCCCCCCACCCCUGCCAACACGAAAGGACCGCCCGCCUCCUCCCCCUCCUCCAGGGCGCUCUGAGUUCGCCGAGAGGCGCCCCGCUUUGCCGCCUCGAAGACCGACAGAAGAUCAAUCAAGGAGGCCCUCGAUUGAAUCGGUCACCUCCGAUGCCUCUCACUCUACAACUGCGACGACCUACCACUGGCACUACCGGCAACGGUCGCAUCAAGGCCCCUGCCUGGGGAGAGACAGAGCUACCUGUGCUGCCUCCGAGGCGUAUCAGAGAAGACCCGAUCGACGUGCAACCACCCCCGCGCUCCGAAUCCAAGUCCGAUUCCAGGCUCAACGGAUUGACUUCGAAGCUAUCCUCAUUGCGAGGCAAGGGGGCUUCACCCUCACCACCCACCAGGCCAUCACGUCCUGCUUUGCCGACACGGUCCUCAAUCCGAUCUGAGAAAUCACCUGCGCCGCCACCUCUUCCUGUGCGACGGCCCUCCGGGUUAGAUGUACCCUCAUAUGGACCGGAUGAAACGAAUAACCCCGAUCAACAAGGCCCCCCGAGUCUACCCACUCGGAGGUUACCACCACCUGCCAAUACUGCGACUCUGGACAACAUUCGACAAUCCGGGUUCGGUGGGUUGAAGACUCCGAAUCUCCCCGUGAGGCCGAAUAGCACACCUGCAACCAACACCUCACCAAACGGAGUGCCUCCCCCGAUUCCCCUUGGAUCUCGUCCAGAUCUCUCCAAGCUUCAAGCCACCAAGCCAAAAUUCCAUGGCUCUUCCCCAGGCGCCGUACAGGCUUCCAAUUCUACGACAGAGUGCUUGGUAUGCCGAGACUUUUCCGGUCCAGACGCCCGAGGAGCCCAGUAUCCACGGGCCUCCCUCCCAACACAAGAUCUGGGCUGGUUAGCGAACGAACUAACUGCUCCAUUCCCAUCCCCGACUGAUAAGGCUAGAGCCAUAUUCUCAUGGAUGCAUCACAAUAUUCAUUAUGAUACCGUCGCAUUCUUUAAUGACAACGUGAAGCCAUCCACGCCCCAAAAUACCCUAGCCACUGGAUUGGCUGUCUGUGAGGGGUAUGCGGGGCUAUAUGCUGUGCUGGCCACAAAAGCUGGAUUGGAAGCCGUCGUAAUUGGAGGUGCUAGUAAAGGUUACGGUUAUACUCCCUUAGCGCCAGGCGCACGACCUCCACCUUUCAAAACCACUCAUGCCUGGAACGCCGUGAAGAUUGACGGCGGACGCUGGAAGCUGGUCGAUCCAUGCUGGGGCUCUGGCUGCGUGAACGGCAAAGGCAUGCCUUACGAGCCUAAAUUCAACCCUUCCCAAUUCUCUAUGUCAAAUGAGGAAUUUGGACUAAAGCACUAUCCCGAAAACAAAGACUACCUCCUCCGUGAGGAUGGUCGCUUCGUGAGCUAUGAAGAAUACAUUGUCAUUAAUCCCGACAUGCCAACCGGCUUGAAACCUAUCAAGACCUAUAGCGAUGUCGAUAAGCAUAGCAUCGGCCGGAAGACUAUGCAGCCGGAAAGUGGAGAGAUCUCGGUAUACAGUGCACAAAGUCCGCUGCGUUUCCAAUUCGGAUUAAUUUGUGAACAUUGGACACUGGCGCGGCACUCGCGUCUCAAGCCCGCUCUAUUCCUACUUAUGAUUAAAGGCGUUGACGGACGUAAAGAUGACCAGCUUGUCUUCCGCCACGUGCCUGGCUCUGGUCCAGGCGGUGGUGGCGAGUUCUGGUAUGUGGAUGUAGAUCCUCGGAUGCUUGGUGCACCCGGCCAGAAAGUGCUACUUGCUGUGUUGACGAAGUUUGGUGAGCGCACUGAUUGCCGUGGGAUUACGGCGGAGGAGUAUGAGUCUCAACGUGGCCGUGUGGGGAUGGCAUGGGCAUUUAUUGCACAGUGGGAGUUGGUGAAAUAA